AUGAAGUGGUUCAGACAUAACCCAACACCCUCUGAGAAGUCCCAAGAUGACCCUCCACCCUACCGCGAUAACCCUCUAAGCGCGGGCGAGAAGAUCAGCCCCUCGAAUUCUGUCGACACAGUUGCAAGCGGCCCGCCGCUUAUUUCUGGCAAACAAUGGAACUACUGGGUCGACUGGUCAGAGCAGCCUCGCUCCAAGAAGGACCGGAAUCCAGGAUUAUUGGGAGUGUGGCCGUAUGAGCCUCGCUUUCAAAGAGACUAUGGUCAACUCUUCGGAGCGGGAGCAUCAUGGAAGAAGAUUGCUUCGCUUCAUCCCGGAGAAAUGGAGCAUGCGAUUCAUCCUGGCCGAGACUGGACCAAGCACUGGGCAUGGGCACUCACAAUCAGAGUCCACAGUGAUUACGACCAUCAGACCAUCUGCGAUCUUAGAAUUCUUGUCAAGGAUUUGCCAGCUCGGCUCCAAGAUAAAGAAAUCUGCUGGAAUACAGCCAACUAG